AUGGAGAUGCCUGGUGCUAACACCACAGCCUCCUCCCCCAGCAACAGCACCCUGUGCAGCAGAGACUAUAAGAUCACCCAGGUCCUCUUCCCAUUGCUGUACACCGUCCUGUUUUUCGCUGGGCUCAUCACAAACAGCUUGGCAAUGAGGAUUUUCUUUCAAAUCCGGAGUAAAUCUAACUUCAUUAUUUUUCUUAAGAACACAGUCAUUUCUGAUCUUCUCAUGAUUCUAACGUUCCCAUUCAAAAUUCUAAGCGAUGCCAAACUGGGAGCCGGGCCUCUGAGAACCUUGGUGUGCCAAGUUACCUCAGUCACAUUUUAUUUUACCAUGUAUAUCAGCAUAUCCUUCCUUGGAUUGAUAACCAUUGACCGCUACCUGAAGACGACUAGGCCAUUUAAAACGACCAACCCCAGCAACCUCCUGGGCGCGAAAAUCCUUUCUGUCGUCAUCUGGGCCUUCAUGUUCUUACUCUCGCUGCCUAACAUGAUCCUCACCAACAGGAGGCCGAAGGAUAAGAACAUAACGAAAUGUUCCUUCCUAAAGUCAGAGUUCGGCCUGGUCUGGCAUGAAAUCGUCAAUUACAUCUGUCAAGUCAUUUUCUGGAUUAAUUUUUUAAUCGUCAUUGUGUGCUAUAGCCUCAUUACAAAGGAACUCUACAGGUCCUAUGUGAGAACAAGGGGCUCAGCCAAAGCUCCCAAGAAAAGGGUGAAUAUCAAAGUCUUCAUCAUCAUCGCUGUAUUCUUUGUUUGUUUCGUUCCCUUCCAUUUUGCCCGGAUUCCCUACACCCUGAGCCAAACCCGGGCUGUCUUUGACUGCACCGCCGAAAACACUCUGUUCUACCUGAAGGAGAGCACCCUGUGGCUGACGUCCUUAAAUGCCUGCCUCGAUCCUUUCAUCUACUUUUUUCUUUGCAAGUCUUUCAGAAAUUCCCUGACAAACAUGCUGAGGUGCUCAAGUUCUACAUCACCAUCUGGAGAAAACAAGAAGAAAGGACAGGAAAGUGGAGACCCAAGCGAAGAGACUCCAAUGUAAAAUGUUACUCAUGGGGGGGCUAAGG